AUGGCCCGCCGUACAGAUUCAAAUUCGUUUUAUGACGAGGAAGUGAACCCAUUCGCGGACCAAGGACCUGGGAAGGGUCAAUCGAACUACUCAGGAGCUGGAAUUGUCAUCGAGGAAAAGAAUUGGCCUCCGUUUUUUCCUAUAAUUCAUCAAGACAUUGGGAAUGAAAUCCCAAUCCAUCUUCAACGGUUGCAGUAUGUUGCAUUCACUACAUUAUUGGGUCUGGUUGGAUGCCUUCUGUGGAAUAUUGUAGCAGUUACUGUCGCUUGGAUUAAGGGAGAAGGUCCGACAAUCUGGUUUCUCUCUAUCAUCUACUUCAUAUCUGGUGUUCCAGGAGCCUAUGUGUUAUGGUACAAACCUCUUUAUCGUGCAAUGAGGACUGAUAGUGCUCUCAACUUCGGAUGGUUUUUCUUGUCAUACGUGUUUCACAUCGGCUUCUGUGUCUUCGCCACUGUUGCUCCUCCAAUAAUUUUUAGAGGGAAAUCGUUGACGUACUUUCGCUUUUAA